GGGAAGUGGCAGUGGAGCCGCCGGGCUGCACCAUGUCCCUGCCGCCGGAGAAAGCGUCUGAGCUCAAGCAGCUCAUCCACCAGCAGCUCAACAAGAUGGAUGUCCAUGGCAGGAUAAGAGAAGUCCUUGCUGAAACUAUACGGGAAGAAUUGGCACCUGAGCAACAACUUUCAACAGAAGAUUUAAUAAAAGCUCUUAGACGACGAGGAAUCGUAGAUGAUGUCAUGAAGGAGAUCACUUUUGUUACUGACCUAGCUGAUGGAGAACUGACUUCCUCUCCAAAACCAUCUAAUUUUAAUGAUAAGCAAUCAACCCUAUUGAAAAAAACUAAUAUUGAUCCAACACGGAGGUAUCUUUACCUUCAGGUUUUGGGUGGAAAAGCUUUCUUGGAACAUCUACAAGAACCUGAUCCUUUACCUGGACAAGUUUGUUCUACCUUCACUUUAUGUUUACAUUUUCGAAACCAACGUUUCCGCUCUAAACCUGUCCCAUGUGCCUGUGAACCAGAUUUUCAUGAUGGCUUUUUGCUUGAAGUACACAGAGAAAGCUUAGGUGAUGGAACUAGAAUGGCCGAUGCAACAACAAUGUUAUCAAUAUGUGAUCCAGUACAUAUGGUUCUAAUAAAAACUGAUAUAUUUGGUGAGACCUCUUUAGUAGCAUCCUACUUUUUGGAAUGGCGAUCAGUCCUUGGCUCAGAUAAUGGAAUGACCAAUAUUGCUGUGGAACUUCUAGGUGUAGGUACAGAAUCAAAAGUUUCUGUUGGAAUUUUAAAUGUAAAACUUGAGGUAUAUCCACAACUUAAUCAAACAUUGUCCCAAGAAAUAGUAAAUACUCAGCUUGCUUUGGAACGACAGAAAACAGCAGAGAGAGAGCGUUUAUUUCUUGUAUAUGCUAAGCAGUGGUGGAGAGAAUAUCUGCAAAUACGACCUUCCCAUAAUUCGAGACUGGUAAAGAUUUUUGCACAGGAUGAAAAUGGAAUAAAUAGACCAGUAUGCUCUUAUGUCAGACCCCUUCGAGCUGGACGGCUCCUGGAUACUCCAAGGCAAGCAGCAAGAUUUGUUAAUGUCCUUGGUUAUGAAAGAGCCUCUGUUAUUGGAGGAGGAGGUAAACACGAACAGUGGUGCACUCUACUGGCCUUUCUCUGUAGAAACAAGGGUGACUGUGAAGAUCAUGCUAACCUUUUGUGCAGCCUUCUCCUUGGAUAUGGAUUAGAAGCCUUUGUUUGUGUAGGGACAAAGGCUAAAGGAGUCCCUCAUACCUGGGUCAUGACGUGUGGGACUGAUGGCACCAUUACUUUUUGGGAAAGUUUAACAGGGCAUAGGUAUAUCCAUAAGCCCAUUAAUCCUGAUGAUCCUCCAGCUGUUGAGCAACCCAAACCACUUUACCCAUAUCGAACUAUAGGGUGUGUUUUCAAUCAUCAGAUGUUUUUGGGAAACUGCCAACCUUCUGACUCAGUAGAACUUUGUGUAUUUGAUCUGAAUGAUGAGUCCAAAUGGAAACCCAUGAGCGAAGAAGCAAUCAAAUCGGUUUGUGCUCCUGGGGCCACAACUUCGCUUCCUCUCUUUCCCCCUCUUUGUGCUUCAGUGAUUGAUUCUUCAGUAACAAGUAAUGAAAUCGAGAUGCAACUGAGAUUGCUGGUGUCAGAACACAGGCAGGAUCUUGGCCUCACUACCGUGUGGGAAGACCAGCUCUCCUAUCUUUUGUCACCAGCUUUGGCAUCUUAUGAAUUUGAGCGCACAACUAGCAUAUCUGCAGGAAAUGAAGAAUUUCAGGAUGCCAUACGGAGAGCUGUACCUGAUGGUCAUACAUUUAAAGGCUUCCCUAUACAUUUUGUUUAUAGAAAUGCAAGACGAGCAUUUGCUACAUGUCUCCGGUCUCCUUUCUGUGAAGAAAUAAUCUGUUGCCGAGGGGAUCAAGUGCGACUUGCCGUCCGUGUUCGAGUAUUUACCUACCCUGAAUCUGCUUGUGCUGUUUGGAUCAUGUUUGCUUGUAAAUAUCGAUCUGUGCUGUGAAAAGAAUCACACUUGUUUUCUUUUGAUAGAGACUUGACACUGUACAUCAUUAGCCAUUCACAGGUGCUUUCUUGUAAAAUCACUCUCUGGCUCAUAUAUCACAAUUUCAGUUUUGUAUAUAAACUUAACAAAUAAUGUUUGCAAAUAUUGGUGUGUGUAUUUAAAAAUUAAGGAUGAAAGACUUGUGUAAACUUGCGUGGGGUGUAGCAUAAAUUAAGUGUGUAUUUUAAUAAAUGCCACAUUGUUUACAGGUAUUCAGUAGUAUAAAUAUAAUAUUACUCAGUUUUCUGAAAUUCAUAAUUAUUCAUCCAAAAGGUAUGUCUCUAAGGGUACUUACUUGUGGUAAGAUCAGUAGGACUACUAAGUUUUAUAAAUAAAACUAUUUAAAGUUUGCAGAGGCAGAAAUAAUGUAAGUUAAUUUUAUAACAGCAAUAUAGCUGAAAACAGGUGAGAAAAGUAGAUUUUAAUAGAUCACUACAGGGUCAGCCAACCAAUAAUUCUUUAGUAUUUGAUCAUCCUAAAGAACCUCUGAAGAAAGUAUGAAGGAAAACAACUAGUAAAGCCGACAUUCUUAACAAAUAACACAAAACAGAUACCACAUAAAACAAUUGAAUUCUGUAAAUGUCAGGGUUACUUAGUUUGAUAAAUUGAUUGGGUGUUAAUUGUGGGGAGGGGAGUACUUUGUCAAUGACACUGAUAAAUUUUAGUUUCUAUGGAAUAUUGUCAGCCCUGUGUAUGUUACCUCCAAAAAAUUCACAGCCAUCAUCUGUACUUGGAAGAGCUCAGUGAUUCUCGCCGUUUUAGCUCAUUUCCUUUCCAUCUUUAAACCUGUGACAUGAUAAGAUAUAUUUUCAAAAGGCCUAUCCUAACCUAGCUUAAUCCUUGUGAGGCAUGUGAAAAUGAGUAGGUAUGAUAGAUUUAAUGCACACAUUAAUUAUAAUCUUCAGGGAAUGCUAUUUUACCACCAGUGAUGAUAUCACAUUACAUUUUAUAAUGCUUUACAAUUUUCAAAGCACUUUCGCAUGUUAUUUAAUUUGAUCCUUAAAAUGAUUUUGUUAGGUUUUGCAAGACUUCCCUCUACUUAACAGAUGACAAAGUUGGGACUCUCUUUAGUUAAAGAGAGUAAAAGCCCAAGGCAAAUCAGUAGUAAAUUGCAGAGAUUGUACUAGAAUCCUGGUCUUCUGACCACUAGUCUGUAAUAUACCUUGUUACUCCCAGAUAAUCAUGAUCAAGGGAAGCACUUGAGAGAUUGUGUAUGCCUUUUUUAAUAGAGGCAGUAAGAGUUUGAAUGGUACAAAUGAUAGGUUUGACUCUUCUUGCUUCUUCCUUAAUAGUAUUUUAUUUUUCCGAUUACAUGUAAAGAUAGUUUUCAACAUUGAUUUUUGUAAAGUUUGGAGUU